ACUGGCACGGCACGACCUCCCCGGGUUGCCGUCCUCAGGCAGGGGCAGGCGUUGCCGGUGUGUGUGUGUGGUGAGGCGGCUCAGGCGGGACGGACGGCCCCCGGAGCGGGGCCAGCCUUGCUCCACGGUAACGCUAGCGGCGGCAGAAGACGACCGGCUGCAAGGGACCAUCUUGCCGCUUGCUCCUCCGGCGGCGUUUCCGUGUGGUGGAGGGGCUGGCGGGGUGGGGGAGGUCGGAGGCAGGCUGCAGCUUGCUGCUCGGGGCUUUAUUUACAUACACAAAUAGCUGCGUUUGGGGAGUUUUCUCCUGCCAGCUCGGUGGCGGUGGGUCCUGCCAGAGCUGCCUGGAGAAUCCCGAGCUGGAGCUCUCCCGAACGGGGGUGGGGGGAGAGAAGAGCCGAGGCAAGGCAUGAGUUUUAGCGCAAAAAGCGGCGCUUUGCUGAGCCUUCGGGCACCGCUGUGCUGGUGGUGGCGACGGCAGCCGUCGUCCUGCGCCACGGCGGGUCCUGCCUGGUCAUACUUCGGUGGCAGCCGGCCGCGGCCCAUCCUGGACAUGUCCUACUCCCGUCACUUUCUGGAUUUCCAGGGCUCGUCCAUUCCCACCUCCAUGAAGAAGCUGGUGGUGACUAAGCUGAGUCAAAACUUCAGGGAAGCGGUUACCCUGCAGCAGGACUCGCCCGUGCCGCUCCCGGGAGACGGAGACCUCCUUGUCAGGAACAGAUUUGUCGGCAUUAAUGCAUCUGACAUAAACUACUCAGCUGGUCGAUAUGACGCAUCAGUUAAACCCCCAUUUGAUAUAGGUUUCGAAGGUAUUGGUGAUGUGGUAGCAUUAGGACUCAGUGCUAGUGCUGAUUAUAGAGUGGGUCAAGCUGUGGCCUACGUGAAAGCAGGUUCCUUUGCUGAAUACACAGUUGUGCCAGCCAAACAAGCAGUUCCUCUGCCCUCUGUGAAACCCGAGUUUCUUACUUUAAUGGUAAGUGGCGCUACGGCAUAUAUCAGUUUGAAAGAGCUGGGAGAGUUGUCUGAAGGCAAGAAGGUUCUGGUGACAGCAGCAGCUGGAGGAACGGGUCAGUUUGCUGUGCAGCUUGCAAAGAAGGCAAAAUGCCACAUAAUUGGAACCUGCUCCAGUGAUGAAAAGGGUGGUUUUCUGAAAACCAUUGGCUGUGACCAUACAAUCAACUAUAAAACUGAAAAUGUCGAGUCUGUUCUUAAGAAGGACUACCCCGAAGGUGUGGAUGUAGUGUAUGAAUCUGUUGGGGGAAAGAUGUUUGACUUGGCUCUUAACUCCUUGGCUACCAAAGGGCGCCUGAUAGUUAUUGGGUUUAUCACUGGCUACCAAAACCCUACUGGCCUCCAGCCCAUUAAAGGAGAGUUACUGCCAGCAAAACUAUUGAAGAAGUCUGCCAGCAUCCGGGGUUUCUUCUUGAACCAUUACCUUUCCGAAUACAAAAUGGCUCUGAAGCACUUGCUUGAGAUGUAUGAAAGAGGAGACCUGGUUUGUGAGGUGGACUUUGGAGACAAGUCUCCAGAGGGCAAGUUCACUGGCCUGGAGUCUGUGUUCCGUGCUGUAGAUUACAUGUACAUGGGAAAAAACAUUGGAAAAAUUGUAGUUGAAUUACCUCACUCUGUCAACAGUAAGCUGUAAAAACAGAACAAUGAUAUAAAUCAGAAGAGAGAAAAUGGGCACUUUAUGCCUCAGAAUUACUAGAAACAAUUUAUUUUUUUAAGCUUGGUAAUUGAUAUCAUAUUAAAAAACAGCAAUAAGGUGUUAAUAAAAAGUUUUGUAUUUUUUUUUCCUUUUCUUAAAAGGGCUUAAAUAGGUGGCUGUAGCACAGCUUUAAUGGGCUUGUGUUUCAUUCUGUCAGUUAGCUAGCAUGAGACAAGAACAUUGUUCUUGACAGAGUAAGUCUUGAUGCAGAGGCAGAUUUAUCCUGCCAGACUGGUUUGAUAAUACUUCAUACGUAGCUCAGUUUAGAAAAAACAAUUAUUUCAGCAACUUUGAUUCCCUGAUUUAAAAAUAAAAUUUUUAGAACAGGACUAAGUAAAGAGUCAUAACUUGUGGUUGCUCUAUUAAUCUCUUGAAGUUUCUGGAAAAAAUCAUGCUCUUAAUUUUUGUCACAAACACGAUAAUCAUAAUUCAGUUGCAUCAUGGAUCAUAGUAAUAUUCCUUGACUUGGUUACACAGGGAACAUUUAUCCUCCAAUUCUGACAUGUCAGUAAUAUUAAGAAAAGCAAUUUGAUAUUUUUUAAUUAUGUCUUUUGUAACUGUAAACAACUGCAAUUUUCUUUUAAGUCUUUAACUAAAUCAUUUGCUACUGUUACUGUUUACAGUCCGAUCUUCCUUCAUUCAAUAUUACUGAAGUGUAUUUUUGAGACAUGUUCAUGUGUGUUCAGGUACUGUGUAUUUUUUUAAGAAUUAAUAAAGUUAGAAAAGAUAUUUUAAA